UAGGGGCUUUGCUGUGACCAGAAUUGCCCAUCACAUAAGUUGCCACAAUCAAAGAUGGCGGCGGAAGGCGCACAGUAAGGGCAAAAGAGAGAAAGGUUCCAGAUCUGCACAAUGUUGGGCGAGCUGGUGAUGGUGUUGCAGGGAGCGUCCCGCGUGGCCCAGGCUGUAGCAAAAAUGGGUUGUGAAGAACUGCGGAUGGCCCCUACAGCCUCCACUUUGGGAGCUGGGAUGAGGUCCAUACAGGCUACCGCGGAGCGAUGUGUGGGGGCCGCGUUCACAAAUAUGCAGGUCCGGAAGACCGAUUCCAGAGUGCGCCCAGCAUCCUCUGAUUUCAGUGCAGAUACUUAUAGUGUGAUGUCAGAGUUUCCUCCAGGAGAAGAUGAGUCUCCCCCCAGCAAUAACCCUGGUCAGUGGUCUCAGAAGACAGGCACAGGAAUCGGCAUGGGACAAGUCAGAAGUUACAGUACCGUCCGAGGUCUUACAGCUGAGGAACUGCAGAGAGCCCGGGAAACCAAGGCCCUGGAUGGAGCAGAGGAUCAUGGGAGACCCAAGAGGCAGAAGCUCAGCGAAAGAGCUCGAGAGAGGAAGGUACCCGCAUCUCGUCUCAGCCGCAUGGCAAACUUUGGCGGCCUAGCUGUCAGCCUUGGAAUUGGUGCUCUGACUGAGGUGGCAAAACAAUCUAUGAAAGGGGAGAAGAAGACGGGAGUCAGCAGCGCAGUUCUAGAGACCAAUGCAUUCAUGACUGAGGGGAAUGCAGAGAAAAUUGUGGACACACUGUGUAAAGUGCGGGGCGCUGCUCUGAAGAUUGGUCAGAUGCUGAGUAUUCAAGAUAACAGCUUCAUUAGUCCACAGCUGCAGAAGAUAUUUGAGCGGGUUAGGCAGAGUGCAGAUUAUAUGCCAGCCUGGCAGAUGACGAAAGUCCUAGAGGAACAGCUGGGCCCUGGCUGGAGAGACCGACUGGCAUAUUUUGAGGAGCGACCCUUUGCAGCUGCCUCUAUUGGCCAGGUACACCUCGCAAGGCUGCUGGAUGGGCGUGAGGUGGCUAUGAAAAUUCAGUAUCCUGGAAUUGCUCAGAGCAUCAAGAGCGAUGUGGACAAUCUGCUGUCAGUCCUCAAGAUGAGCCUUGUUCUGCCUGACGGUUUGUUUCCUGAAAACAGUGUUCAGGUCCUGCAGAAAGAGCUGUCCUGGGAGUGUGACUACCUGCGGGAAGCCGAGUGUGGCAAAAAAUUUAGGAAGCUACUGGGUGAUGACCCAUUUUUCAGAGUCCCUCAGGUGAUAGAUGACCUCACUACUAAAAGGUUAUUGACCGUUGAACUGGUGUCAGGGGUGCCAUUGGACCAGUGUGCUGAAAUGGACCAAGAAACCCGUAAUGAGAUUUCGUACAACAUUUUACGCCUUUGCCUGUUGGAAGUAUUUCAGUUCCGCUUCAUGCAGACUGAUCCAAAUUGGUCAAACUUUUUCUAUGAUGCUGAUAUUAAUAAGGUGAUGCUGUUGGACUUUGGAGCCAGUCGAGAGUUUGGGGAGAACUUCACAGAUGAUUAUAUUGAGGUUGUGAAAGCCGCAGCAGAAGGCGACCGGGCAAGAGUUCUCCACAAAUCCAGAGAUCUCAAAUUUCUGACUGGGUAUGAAUCAAAGGUGUUUGAAGAAGCACAUGUAGAUACUGUCAUGAUCCUAGGAGAAGCCUUUGCCUCUGAGGAGCCAUUCAAUUUUGGUACACAGAACACAACCAAGAGGAUUUAUGACUUGAUCCCUGUGAUGCUGAAGCACCGACUUACACCUCCACCUGAGGAAACGUACUCCUUGCACCGGAAGAUGGCUGGUUCGUUUCUGAUCUGCGCCAAGCUUAAUGCUAUUAUUCCGUGCAAGGAGCUCUUUGAUGGUGUCUAUAGGGAAUAUUGGUCAAAACGCAGACGUGAGGGGAAGCAGACAGCCUCUGAUUAAACCACUUUACCAUUUUGUCACUUACUUGAACUAAAUCUUGAAAUUCUAGCAGGG